UGAUAGUGAAGAAGUAGGAUCUGCAGAAAAAGAGAGAUAGAGAGAGAGUGAGAGAGUGAGAAAAAAAAUUCAACCUGCUUUUUGUGUUCAUUAGCUGUCACGAAUUUACCAGGGCUGAAUUUUCACAGAUUAGUAUUAUUAUUAUUUUUUUUAAUUCCACCUCCUCCCAGGAUAUUUAAAGAGUGUUUUAAAAGUUUUUUUUUUUUAAGAAAGAUAUAUUUUCAGAUAGGAUUUGAACAUGGCUGUAGCAAACUUCCAUUACAUUACCCGAAUGAACAGUGGAUUCAAAGUCUAUAUCUUGGAAGGACAACCUAGCAUGAGAGCUGAAGACAGGUACAGGCAACUGUCCAAUCACAGGACAGGACAUCCACCCGUCUACCCAAUCAAACGCAAGUACAGCCCGGACCGCAGCCAAUCUGUGGAAGAGAGGCCGGUGAAAGUGAAGCAAUCGCCUAUGGCGCUGAUAACAAGAGAGAGGGCGCUGUUCGGCGACGCCACUCGCAGCUUCCAGAGGGAGUCCAGCCGCAGCCCCCCAGAGCGCCAGGCCCCGCCCCCGAUGGGCGUCACCGCGGCAAUGAGAAGGACCAAUCCCGUCCACAGGCUGCCAAGCCCCGCCUAUGCAAGCCCACCAAUGGACGAGCCCCUAGCGUUGAUCAAGAAACCUGGCUACUGCUCCCCGAGUGAAGGCUCCACAGCUACCGGAACACUGCCAAGCCCUGGUGCAAGGAGUCCCACUGCCAGAGCACAGCAGAUGCGCCCUUCUGUGAUCACCUGUGUCUCUUCGGCUCAGCGGUCCAGCAGCAAAUCACCUGACCUGCCCUCAAGCUGUUGCCCUUCUGCAGUUGCAGCGCCCCCUACUUGUGACCCAGUGGUGGAGGAGCAUUUCAGAAGGAGCUUGGGUAAAAAUUACAGCGAGGCCAAUACCAGCUCGGCUUCGAUUCACAUCUCGGUGGACGACCAUUUCGCGAAGGCGCUGGGGGAGAAGUGGCUGCAGAUCAAAGCUACCUCCCCUCCUAACAGCCCCAGCUGUGCUUCCUCCCCAGCCAGGGCAAACAGCCCCCACAGCCCAGUCGGAGCCUCCCGGAGCAGGCAGCAGACUGCACUCUCCCCCUAAGCAGGACUAGCGACUUUUGGUGGUCUUCACAAGUUGAAUAGAGAUUCACAGACUAAUGCCGCUACCGGUAUUGACAUUGAGGGUCUUCAAGGGUCUGAAGAAUAGACUUACAGCACUGAAAGCAGCAGUGAUAACGCUAAUAAGUGUUUUAUGACAGGGUAACCUUCAUUACUCUAUCUUAAAAUCUUCAGUUGCCACCAAAGAGUAGAACUUUGCCUAGGGCUGAGCUAAAGGAACACAUCAAGCUUAUAUCAGAAGAGAAUCUUCAUGUGUUCGCUGCCCAGUUACCAUAGGUGAUGUUCUAUAAGUAACACAGGAUGCCUAGGUAUGAGACUAGUCUUCCACUUUCAAUCGAAGAAACAGUGAAAACUGGUGUAAAGAUUUCUAGAAAAGGUGGGGGAGAUUGUUGCCUUCCAGAACGUACCAGAUCAAAGAUGUUAAGAAUUCUGGAUAGUUAAGUAUAUAUAUAAAAAAGAAAAAAAACGUCUUGAUUCUUUACUGCUUGGUUAACAUUUUGGUCUGUUUUUUUUUCUAGAGCACUCCUAGAACGUUCUAGAACUGUUAAUUUAUUGCGGGGUUCUUUUCCACUUUCUUCUGGAAUCUUACAGGCUACAAAGUAUUCCAGGAUGCAUUUUCUAGAACUUUUUCAAGGUUUUUUUUUUUUUUCUAAAUGGGUGUCCUUCUAGCAAGCUCUAGAAGUAGUUUUGUGUGUUUUUAUUUUGUAUAGGUGGUCUUUUUUAUGUUUUUAUAUUAUUUAUUAUGUGGUAUUCUGCCUAAUGAAUGUCUUACUUGUUGAAUUAUGUUGGUAAAAUGGAAAAUACAUUUUUUAAUAAAAUAUUUUUUAAUUAUA